AUGGCGAUCGGAGGUGGUAUCCUCGGAGUCAUCGGACUCAUUCUAUUCAUUAUAUCAUUGGCUGUUGUACCAGGUGUAGUCAAGCGUGUCGGUGAUAACGCUGUAAAGGAUGGUAUCGUAGUAUCUUCACCUUCGAGUUCAUACUAUGAGAAUUGGUCAGGUCAAUCAUCAAGGAAGAACUAUUACCUGCAGUACUACUAUGCUUACAACUUGACCAACGCUGCAGACGUACUCGCUGGAGGCAAACCAAUCUAUAAUCAAGUUGGACCAUUCAACUACCGUUACUACUGGGACUACUUGAACGUUUCGUUCCCAGACAAUGGCAACCAGGCCACCUAUUCACAGAGGAAGUUCUACGAGUUUGAUUCCGAGACUUCCAAGUUGCCAGAGGACACUCUUAUCACCAACAUCAACCCAGCAUUCAUUGGACUUAUGCAACAGACUAAAGACAGUACAAGCUUCCUCAUGGUUGGUACAUUCCCAACUAUUAACAUGUUCAUGCCAUACCUGAACUCUGUCUACUUCAAGACCUUGGCCCUGUCUUACAAUGUUAUCCCAAUCUUCAAUAAUCAGCUCAAAUCAUUGAUUGCUGAUGUUACCAUUGAUGCCUUCUACAGUUCAUGGGCCAAUGACACAACUUUGCCAACCACAUCGACCCAUUGGGCAGGAAUGAUCAUUGGUGCCAACCCACCCACAGGCAUCACAGUUGAAGCCGCCAAGUUGAUCUUUGACGCUACCUCUGGAUUGUCGAUCUUGAACUACACCGUUGGUCUGCCACUCUGGUACAAUGCAUCGUUUGGUGAAGCCACCGCCACUCAACAGCUCACUACUGGCCUGGGCAUCACCCCUGCCCAGAUGAACUCUGUCAUCGGUUGGUGGAUGAACGGAACCAACUCCUACUCGCUCAAUGCCACCACGCCCCUUCUCACGAGUUGCAAUGCUACCAGCAUGGCCGACCCCAUGCUCGGAUUCUGCCAGCUCUACAAUAGACUGGCAUUGAACGGUACCUCAAUCUCCCAGUUCAACAUUAUCAACAACAUCUUCAAUCCAACUCAAGGCGCACCAGAGAUCCUCGGUCUAUCAGAGCCUAUCCAGAAGCUAUAUGCCUAUUUCUUCUUACCAUACUUUGGACCAUACAACCUCAACAACAUCAAUGGUGGAGCUGCCCUGGCAGCACUCGCAAUGGAAGACCCUAGAGGAGUCAACAUCUGGGGAAUGGAUAAUACUACAGUUGCAGCAUUGGGAAAUUGGAUGUUUACACUUGGUAAUUCGAAAGGAUACUUUGCAGCUUAUGGACGCCAGAUAAUGACAAAUGGAGGUGGACUGAUCGCAACCAAGACUGUUGGCGAUUGGCUAUGGAACUGUAACGACCCAAUGCUGAACUACUUGCAAGCCGGAACACCAUGUGCUCUGCAGUCCAACUACACUAUCCCACCACCAACCACGAUCAACUCUGGCAAGAACGACAACCGUCUUGUCAACUCCUUGGUCAAGUGGCAGAACCUCACCGAGCUCCCAUUCUGGGCCUCGCCGGUGCCCGUCAAGGGCUACGUCGAGAGUGGUCAGUUCCCACCCCUCCAGGACAAGAUGGAGACUCUGGACAUCUUUGAGGAGAACAUCUUCCGCACCAUCCAGUUGAACUACUUUAACGACACCAACGUCGAUGGUAUCAAGACCAGGAGAUACUAUCUCCAGAACGACAGCUUCCCCGUCGACCCUACCUACUUCACCACCCAGGCCGGCUUUGCCAACCUCACCUCUGUCCAGGAUGGAGUGCCCGCAUUCAUCACCCUGUGGGACAUGUGGGAGGUUGACACCAGUAUCUCGUCCAAGGUGGACGGCCAGAACCCCACUUACGAGAACGCCGCCAUCCCACUGGAUCUCGAGCCAAUCACUGGCAAUGCGCUCUACUACAACCUGAAGCUCCAGCUCAACUUCUUGGUGGACAACACCAUCCCCGCCUGGGACGGCUCGUGGCAACUCUACAACAAGAUCUCGUCCAACAUUUACUAUCCAUCAUGGAAGAUUGGUCAGACUGCCAUGCCCAGCAGCGACAGCAUCAACCAGCUCAAGAGCCAGCUCAAGACUCUGCGCGCACUCAACAUUGUACCCGAGGUGGUACUUGCCCUUGUAGGAGGUCUGAUGUUCCUAGGUGGUGUCAUCAUGGGUAGCAUUGGAUACAUUCGCUACAGACGUGGUUACUCUGGUCUCAACGAGGCUGUACCCUUGCUCUAA